GUAGUAGAGAAGAAAGGAAUUCAGAGUGCACUGAAAGCACUGUGGAGCCAAAGGGUGGCGCAAAGAACAGAGCAAGAUUGUAAAUCAAAAUAUGAUCCUGCAGGUAGAUGUGGUAGAAGAGAGAAACAAAAAAGAACAAGAGGGAAAAGGAGAACAGGGGAGAUAAGGAGAAGGUGAAAGGGGUUAAGUUACAGUCGUAUGAUGUUAAAGUAGUGUCUGCUGAAUGUGCUGCACAGAAGAAGGAAGUACAGAACUGUUAGGUGACCGAGGGACUGAGAAGAUUAAUGUGAGAAACUGGAUAAAGUGACAAAGUGAAACAAAGAGAGAAGUGAGUUGAACAGAAAGCUGUAUUACACACGGAGGUGUUUGAGAUGAAGGUGCAAGCAAAAGCUUACAGAUAGAACAGACUACGGAGACACAGCACAGUACAAGACUGGGAUAAACAGCAGCAAAAGCUAUCAUAACGCUACCAUGUUGAUGAAAGAGUACAGAAUAUGCAUGCCUCUUACUGUGGAGGAGUAUAGAAUUGGUCAGCUGUAUAUGAUCAAUAAGCACAGUCAUGAGCAGAGUGAGGGAGGAGAUGGUGUGGAGGUCAUCCAGAAUGAGCCCAACACACACCCUAAAUAUGGAUCUGGUCACGUCACUGAGAAGCGUAUUUACCUCAGCAGUAAAUUGCCUUCCUGGAUGAAGAAGUUUGUCCCUAUGAUCUUCUAUGUCACAGAAAAGGCCUGGAAUUUCUACCCAUAUACUGUCACAGAGUACACAUGCUCCUUCCUUCCCAAGUUGAGCAUCAAAAUCGAGACACACUUCGAGAACAACAAUGGGAGCAAUGAGAAUGUGUUUGAAGAUGAACCCACACCCCAAGACAGUGUCUGCUUCUUGGAUAUACUGAGUGACCCGAUUCCUGACAAGUAUUACAAAAAUGAUGAGGACCUGAGCAGCUGGGUGUCAAACAGGACAGGGCGUGGCCCCCUGGUGGAUGGCUGGAGAAAUAACACCAAGCCCAUCAUGUGCUCCUACAAGAGAGUUAAGUGCAGCUUCGAGGUCUACGGGUUCCAGGGGCGGACAGAAGAGUUCAUCCACAGGAAUAUCCGUGACAUCCUGCUGGUAGGACACAGACAGGCAGUGGCAUGGCUAGAUGAGUGGCAUGGGAUGAGCCUGGAGGAAGUGAGAGAGUUCGAGAAGCAGCUGCAGCAGGAGACAAACAAGAAGAUAAAGGAUGACAUGAGCAACUCAGCCUCAGUCGCUCCUGUGCGUCCCUCCUUCUCCCGCUCUGUCUCAGUCACGGAUGCGUUGUCACUGAAAAAGAUGGGGUUGAACACUGUGGAUAUUACAGACUCUUCAUCAUCAUGUUCCUCCACAGUCAAGAGCCAUGGGAGAUUUAAUUCGUCAUCAGACUAACUCCACACUCCUGCCUGUUAAAUGAAACAACCAGCCAAAUACUGUUACUUUCCAAAGCUGUUGAAGAUUCCAUCAGGAUAUUUAUGAUCAGCAAUAUCUUUUAGAAAUAUAAGCUGUGCACAGAUGUGGGGUCUUUGUGUGUGUGUGCGCGCACGCAUGUGCGUGCUUGGGGGAGAUUUUUUUUCUUCUUUAACUGUUGCUAAUGCACACCCACUAUCUAAUAUGAAUCUGUAAUCUAAUAUAAGCUAUCUAAUAUCUAUAUACUGUAUGAUACCCAAACGUCUUCCUCUAAACCACUGCUGCUACAUUAAACAUAGGGUGCCAAAAUGUGCUAGGAUGGUGCUUCCUAGCUACAUUAGCUAUUCAGUAUCCAUGCCUUGGAGUAGCUGGGGUUCUUCUGAUCACAGGUGAGAAAAAAAAAAUCACCAUCCUUCCUGCCCAGCGUGCAGGACCAAUUACACUCUUUAAGGCUCCCAGUUAUGAAUAGCUAUGAUAAUGUCAAGUCAAAACCUUAGACAAACAAAUGUUCUACGCACUAAAUCCUGCUAGCCUUCUAUCCUAUUUACACACCCUAACACCUUCCCAUUUGCUUCUCCAUUGACCUAGAUGGACAGUUUGUGUCACACACUUUAUGGCAUGCUUCAGUAAAACUGCAUGUAUGUGCACAAAGCUGACUUAUCUUAUUGCAUUGCAGAGGCUCACCAAUAUAUGCUUUAGAUCUGUUUGAAGGUGGGAAGUCAGUCAACUUCCUGCACACUUUGCGAUAAGAUCAGCUAACCCAUGUAAGACUUUUACAAAGAUCAACAACACAGAAUGUUAUUCCCCCCCAAAAAAAAAAAAAAAAAAAAACCUACAAUUGGGUGUUGCUCAGUUUUUGACAACACCUCCCUUUUGUACAAAUACACAAUGUAAGGUGUCUGUUCUACAUGAGAAAAAACAAAACACAGCAACACCUAAACCAAACGCUACUUAAAGAACGCACAAUAAUGUGUCAGAUAGGUGAGUCAUAUUAAGCAUUUUGCAGUGUGAACUGCUAUCUGUUAUGUCCCCCUGAACUGCUGUGUAAGCAUAUUGCACCAUUAUUUUAUAUAUUGAUGAUAGCCCGGUCUUAGAUUGAGUGGAAUAUGCUAAGGUAACCUUGUCUGCACAUCAGCAUAUUGGUUCUUUAAAAUACACCCUAGAUUUUGACUUAUGUAUGAGUUUCAAUAUUACAGUGAUAGAUUAAAUGUAUGCAAGUAAGCUCUGGCCAGGUGUCUCUGCCUGGUGGAAUUACACUGUUGGGCCCUGUAUUCUGGCCCUGAGUUUUGAAACCAAACUGCAAGAUAUAUGAGCUUUGGCCAAAAAUCACAGCGCUUCUUGCAUUAGACCAUCUGCUGUCCUAUUAAUCUUGGUGAAUGACUUACAACUAAAACAAAUAUUAAAGAACCUGAAUACUCUAUGUAGAUAAGGCAGUCCUAUAUGUAACUAAAUGGAAAUUACAUGAGAAUUGUUUUGUGACCUAAAAAAAAAUAAACUCAGGGAUAACA